AAUUCGACGACAAAAAUAAAGCGGCCGCCCUCCCCUCCACUGCGACGGCUGCUUCCUCGCCGUUCCUCACCACCCAUCUCCGGCCUCCUCCUCCUUCUCCCCCCUCGUUCUCUGUUUCCGCUCGCCUCUAGAUGGCUUCCUCCUCCAUCCGUCGCACCUCCGUCUUUUCAGGGAGUUGACCCAUGCUCCUGAAUUUAUUUUUCUUUGGUAGAUUAUGAUGAAGUUGUGGAAAGCAGAAGUCAGAGAAGUUAAUGAAGAAGUUGCACCUAGAGCCUAGAGGAGUGAAAUUUAUGAACUGCUUCACUAACUCCGAGCUGCAUUGCAUGGCUUUAGUCGAUAGAAGGUGAGAGUUUUCUGGCACGACCUUGACCCGCCGUCGAUCUUGAGAUGCAUUCAGAGAAACAUGCCUAAAUCAGGAAAAAUAAAUAAAUAAGAUUUGGAACGCUCUGGCCACCACUCGUUGUGCUGCGGUCCAAACCCACUCAUAUGCUCACCUGGAAUCUCACUGAGUGGCCGACGGGGCCCUCUUCUUUUCCCUAGUGGCCUGUGGCCCCUCGUCACAAAUUUAUUUUUGAAAUAUUUCGUGAAUUCAUAAUUUUUGUUGUAGUGCAUAUUUACCAUUGCAAGAUUUAUUAUUAUAUAUGUAGUCCUUCUAACUAAUAUUAGAGUAAUUUUAACUAAUAUUAGAAUGCUUUUAAUGAACCUUCGAGCAGUUUGAUUUAUAAGUAUUGCAUUUUAUUUUACCUUUAAUAAAUGAAACCUUCCUGGACGUAAUACAAGAACAAGGAGUGACUUGGACAAUAUUGAAUAAUAAUGAGGAUUUCAUGCAAAAAUGUCUGUUCCGUUCCGUUGCGAUAUAGUUCUCCAUUCUCUCUCUCUCUCUACUCGCCUUUCCUCUCUUUGUUCUCGGCAAAAUCCCCAAAUUGGCAUCGACUCCUCUUGCAAUCCACGAUCUUAAGUUCUUUUCUUCGAUCUCCGGCAACAAGUUGAUCGCGAUCGAUACUUUUUUUCAAUGGGUAACACAUGGAGCAGGGAAAACGGCGGCGGAAGAGCCGGUUUUCGCUUUGUCCGGCGAAGGAGCACGGGCCGUCACCAGCAGCCCCUUCCCUCUUCCGGCUCGGAACCUGCCGCUCCACAGCCAACUCCGCAGCAACAGUCUCCGCCGGAGUUAUCUGCCAACCGCUACGUGUUCGCGGCGGCAAGCCCUUACCCGUCGCAGUUUCCCACCGCGAACCACCCGCCGCAGCACUACCAAUACGAUUACUACCCUCCUCCGCCGCCGGUUAUGCCGGUUCCCCUCCCGGCUCCCUUCGACCACCACCACCACCGAGGCGGCGGGGUACAUGGACAGUACCCGGCCCAGCACCCUGGAUGGGUGGGAAGCGGGAGGUAUCCACCGUAUGCUCCCUCGCCUCCUCCGCUCCCUUACGUUCAGCACCAAACGGCAGUCACCAUCAGGAACGACGUUAACAUCAAGAAGGAGAGCCUCCGACUCGAGCCUGACGAGGAGAAUCCUGGCUUUUUCCUCGUCGCUUUCAAUUUCGAUGCCACCGUCGCAGGAAGUAUCACUGUGUUCUUCUUUGCGAAAGAAGGUACAGACUCUGAGUUGACUGCAACAAAGGAUGAUUUUCUUAAACCAGUUACAGUACAGUUCAAGCAAGGUUUAGGUCAGCAGUUCAGGCAACCUUCAGGAGCAGGAAUUGACUUAACUAGUUUUGAAGAGGUUGACUUGAUGAAAGUGAUGGACCUAGAUACAUACCCCCUUGCUGUAAAAGCAGAAGCUUGUCCCUCCAUGGAUCAAGUGGCUACUGGUGAAAACCAGAAGUUGAUAAUUCCAAACUCUCAGAUUACACAGGCUCUAUUUGAGAAGAAAGAGAAUGGAGAGUAUCACAUUCAUGUAGUAAAGCAGAUUUUGUGGGUGAAUAAGACAAAGUAUGAGCUGCAAGAGAUCUAUGGCAUUGGGAACUCAACUGAUAAUGACACUGAUGGAAAUGACCCGGGAAAAGAAUGUGUGAUUUGUCUAUCUGAACCACGUGAUACCACUGUCCUCCCUUGCAGACACAUGUGUAUGUGCAACGGUUGCGCAAAGGUUCUAAGGUACCAGACCAAUCGAUGUCCGAUAUGCAGGCAGCCAGUGGAGAGGCUACUGGAGAUCAGGGUCAACGACAAUUCUGAAGAGCAAGAAGAGGCACAAUGCUGUUGAUGAUGAUUCAUUCCAUGUAUGAUGCGAUGCCUCCAGAUGGUGAAGGCCUUACUCGUUGGGUGUGUGGUUUUGUGAGUAUGAAAGAAUUGGAAUAAUGGCUUCUUUGGAGCAGUGUAGCAUGUUGAAAAGAUUAAAUCAGGUGUGUAUAUUCUUGACGUCUGCUAAUCACUUGUUGCAUGGUUGCAUUCAACUGCUAAAGUUAUGUUUGAUAUUUGCAAAAAUACAAAAAGAAAAUAAAUGUGGCAGUUGUUUAGGCUUGCAA